CGGGAACCACUUUACCACUCCACUCGAGUUUGCUGAAACAGAGCCAGGCAGCCAGUGUGAUUUGCGUAUCCAUCUUUCCCGUUUGAGGAAACAGAUCGGGCGCCAGAAACAAAAGGAGUCUCUGGCGUACAUCCAAUCUUCAACAACCAACUACCUAAGCUAGCGGGAAAAGAAAGGAUCGACUCGCCGCUCCAACGAUUCUCCUCUCCUCCAGCCAUGGCCGCUUCCUCGGCUCCUCUCCUCCUCUUACUCCUGUUCCUCCACCUCGCCCUCGUCUCCCCGGCGGCAGCGGGCGCCGAGGACCUCCUCGUCGCGGCCCGCGCGCCGGAGACGGCCGCGUGGCUGCGCGGCGUGCGGCGGCGCAUCCACCAGCGCCCGGAGCUGGCCUUCCAGGAGCACCGCACCAGCGAGCUCGUCCGCCGCGAGCUCGACGCCAUCGGUGUCCCCUACGCGUGGCCCGUCGCGCGGACGGGCGUCGUGGCCACCAUCGGCGACGGCGCCGGGCCGGUCGUCGCUCUCCGGGCCGACAUGGACGCCCUACCCGUGCAGGAAUUGGUAGAUUGGGAAUACAAGAGCCUGGAAGAUGGGAAAAUGCAUGCAUGUGGACAUGAUGCUCACACAACAAUGCUUCUAGGAGCUGCCAAGCUACUUCAGUCCCGCAAGGAAGACCUAAAGGGCACCGUGAAGCUUGUUUUUCAGCCAGCAGAGGAGGGCAGCGGGGGCGCCUACUACAUUCUAGAAGAAGGCGUUCUCGACGACGCGUCGGCGAUUUUCGGCCUGCACGUCGAUCCAGCUCUGCCGGUGGGUGUGGUUUCGUCCAGGCCAGGGCCAUUUGCCGCGACCUCGGGUCGAUUCCUGGCGACGGUCACAGGAAAAGGUGGGCACGCCGCUGGCCCCCAUGACGCCAUUGAUCCCAUUGUAGCAGCAUCGUCCGCCGUCCUGAGUAUCCAGCAAAUCGUCUCACGGGAGAUCGAUCCCCUCCAGGGUGCAGUGGUAUCCAUCACCUUUGUGAAAGGAGGAGACGCUUACAACGUCAUCCCCGAGUCGGCCGCCUUUGGUGGCACCUUGAGGAGCAUGACAGAUGAAGGGUUGUCAUAUCUGAUGAAGAGGAUCAGAGAGAUCGUUGAAGGGCAGGCUGCAGUGCACCGUUGCUCUGCCUCCGUGGACUUCAUGGAGGAAACGAUGAGGCCAUACCCAGCUGUCGUCAACGCCAAAGGGAUGUACGCACAUGCCAAGGAGGUGGCCGAGAGGCUGCUCGGGGAAGGGAACGUCAGGGUGGCUCCCCAGCUCAUGGGCGCGGAGGAUUUCGGGUUCUAUGCGCAGAGGAUGGCGGGCGCCUUCUUCACCAUAGGAGUUGGCAACGAGAGCACCAUGGAGCAGCUCCGCACCACGCACUCCCCCUACUUCGUGAUCGACGAAGAUGCGCUCCCAGUUGGAGCUGCCUUCCAUGCCGCCGUGGCCAUUGAGUACAUGGAAAAGCACGCAUCGGCGUGAAAACUGAACCUGACCAACACAAAAAUGGGCAUGAAUGGCAUCUUUUUAAGAGAAAA